AUGAUCUCACCUGUUGUACAUGAUGAUUCAUAUGCUGUUUUGAAAGUCGGAGAAAUAUUUCCAGACAAAAAGAGCUUGUUUAAAAAGCUAUGCAUGCAUGCGCUUCAUUUGCACUUCGAAUUCAAAGUGGCAAAAUCGACAAAAACUCUUUUUGUUGUUCGAUGCAAAGUAAGUGAAUGCAAGUGGUGGCUUCGAGCAACAAGAGUUGAGGACACUUGUUUUUUCGUCAUAAAGGUAUAUCGUGACGAACAUUUGUCUUCUUCUUGUUUUGAAUUUCGUGAAGCUCGUCAAGCAACAGGUUGGGUUGUGGGGGAAUGCAUUAAGUCUAAAUAUGAGGGGGUUAGUUGCAUUUAUAGACCAAAUGACAUUGUCAAGGAUUUUCAGAGAGUGCAUGGAGUUUCAAUCACUUAUGGGAAACCUUGGAGGGCUAGAGAAAGUGCCCUACAUUCAUUACAUGGUACGCCAGAGCAAUCUUUUGCUGAACUUCCCUCUUUUUUUCCACAAUUGGAAUCAAGCAAUCCAGGAACGGUUACACAUAUUGAGUUGGAUUCUAUCAAUCAAUUCAAAUACUGUUUCAUGGCCAUUGGACCAUCAUUAAGAGGUUUUCGUACUUGUAUAAGACCUGUAAUUUGUGUUGAUGGAACUCAUUUGAAAGGUAAGUAUCUUGGAACAUUAUUUGUUGCCACAUGUUUGGAUGGAAACAACCAGGUUUAUCCUUUGGCUUUUGGAGUAGGGGAUUUAGAAAAUGAUGAUACGUGGACAUGGCUCUUUGAAAAAUUGAAUGGAGCUAUUGGAAGCAUGGAUUCACUUGUUUUUAUAUCAGACAGGAAUGCAAGUAUUGAAAAAAGUAUCCGGAGAGUUUUUCCAGAGGCCAUACAUGGUGUUUGCAUGUAUCACCUUGGUCAGAAUUUGAAGUCCAAAAAGUUUAGUGAUUCCAUCAUCCCUGUGUUCUACAAGGCAGCAAAGUAA